AUCGCUUUACGCGCUAUUUCAAGACCAAAACUUUCUAUCUUCUAGAGUGAAACUGUGAAAGCAACUCUCACAGAGCAACAAUGGCGGAGAAGUCGAGCUUCUUCGUUCAUUUCAGCUUUCUUCUGCUUCUUCUAAGUAUCAUAACAACAUGUGGCGAGGGAGUGAGGGAUCCGGUGAGACGUUCAUCGGAGAGGAGAGCAUUAAUGGACGGCCAAGAUCUCUCGAGGCCAUUGAAGCUGACAUUUGGUGGGCCUUCUCGGAAUUGGACUGACGCUAUUCCCAUCGGAAAUGGUCGUCUCGGAGCCACGAUCUGGGGCGGCGUCUCCUCUGAGACUCUCAACAUCAAUGAGGACACAAUUUGGACGGGAGUACCAGCAGAUUACACGAACCCGAAUGCGCCGGAAGCAUUAGCAGAAGUAAGGAGGCUUGUUGAUGUGAGAAACUAUGCUGAAGCUACUUCAGAAGCUGUCAAAUUAUCAGGCCAACCUUCUGAUGUUUACCAGCUAGUGGGAGAUUUGAAUUUAGAGUUUGACAGUUCACAUCGUAAGUACACUCAAAACUCUUAUCGCCGUGAACUCGAUUUGGAAACUGCAGUCGCUAAAGUAAGCUACUCGGUUGGGGCUGUGGACUUCUCAAGGGAGUUUUUCGCUUCUAAUCCGGAUCAAGUUAUUGUAGCCAAGAUCUAUGCAAGCAAACCGGGAUCUUUGUCUUUUAAGGUGUCUUUUGAUAGCGAAUUGCACCAUCAUUCAGAGACAAAUCCCAAGGCUAAUCAGAUUUUGAUGCGAGGAAGUUGUCGCCCCAAGCGACUUCCUGUGAACUUAAAGAAAAGUAUCAACGCGACAAAUAUACCGUAUGAUGAUCACAAAGGAUUGCAGUUUGCUUCGAUUCUUGAAGUGAGGGUCAGCAAUGGUGGCUCUGUGUCUUCCUUAGGUGGCAAGAAACUAAGUGUUGAAAAGGCAGACUGGGCGGUUCUGCUUCUGGCGGCUUCAUCUAACUUUGACGGGCCAUUUACGAUGCCCGUUGAUUCUAAGAGAGACCCUGCAAAGGAAUGCGUUAACAGAAUCAGCUCAGUCCAGAAAUACUCGUACUCUGAUCUUUAUGCUCGUCAUUUGGGUGACUAUCAGAAACUUUUCAAUCGGGUCUCUUUGCAACUUUCUGGAAGCUCAGCAAAUAAAACUGUGCAACAAGCUGCUUCAACUGCUGAAAGGGUGCGAUCAUUUAAAACCAAUGAAGACCCUGCAUUGGUGGAACUUCUAUUCCAAUAUGGUCGAUACCUGCUAAUAUCUUCCUCAAGACCCGGAACUCAGGUGGCUAACUUGCAGGGCAUAUGGAACAGGGACAUUCAGCCACCAUGGGAUGGUGCUCCUCACCUGAACAUUAAUCUCCAGAUGAACUAUUGGCAUUCUCUUCCUGGUAAUAUCCGGGAAUGCCAGGAACCGUUGUUCGAUUAUAUGUCUGCUUUAGCUAUUAAUGGCCGCAAGACAGCACAAAUGAACUACGGAGCAAGCGGUUGGGUGGCACAUCAAGUAUCAGACAUAUGGGCAAAAACUUCACCAGAUAGAGGUGAGGCAGUGUGGGCACUCUGGCCCAUGGGUGGAGCUUGGCUCUGCACUCAUGCAUGGGAGCAUUAUACAUACACAAUGGACAAGGAAUUUCUUAAAAAGAAGGGAUAUCCAUUGUUGGAAGGAUGUACAUCGUUUCUUUUGGACUGGCUGAUCAAAGGUAAAGACGGAUUUCUCCAGACCAAUCCAUCGACAUCCCCUGAGCAUAUGUUUACUGCUCCCAAUGGCAAACCUGCUAGUGUUAGCUACUCAUCAACCAUGGACAUUGCCAUUAUAAAGGAAGUCUUUGCUGAUAUCGUUACCGCUUCAGAGAUUUUGGGAAAAACAAAUGAUACUCUUAUUGGAAAAGUCAUUGCUGCUCAAGCAAAACUUCCACCCACUAGAAUAUCAAAGGACGGUUCCAUUAUGGAAUGGGCAGAAGACUUUGAGGACCCAGAGGUACAUCAUAGACAUGUUUCACAUCUCUUUGGCCUCUUCCCGGGUCACACAAUCACUGUUGAGAAGUCUCCAGAACUUGCUAAAGCUGUGGAAGCAUCCCUUAAAAAAAGAGGAGAGGAAGGACCAGGAUGGUCAACCACCUGGAAAGCCGCCUUGUGGGCAAGGCUUCACAAUAGCGAGCACGCAUAUCGGAUGGUUACGCAUAUUUUUGAUCUUGUGGAUCCGUUGAACGAACGUAACUAUGAAGGAGGACUGUAUAGUAACAUGUUCACUGCACACCCACCAUUCCAGAUCGAUGCUAAUUUUGGAUUCGCAGCAGCAGUAGCAGAAAUGUUAGUGCAGAGCACGACGAAGGAUCUGCAUUUGCUCCCGGCACUUCCAGCAGAUAAAUGGCCUAACGGCAUUGUGAAAGGGCUAAGGGCAAGGGGAGGUGUGACGGUUAGUAUAAAGUGGAUGGAAGGGAACCUUGUGGAGUUUGGUCUUUGGUCGGAACAGAUUGUUUCCACCAGAAUAGUAUACAGAGGAAUCUCUGCGGCUGCCGAAUUGUUGCCAGGGAAAGUCUUUACUUUUGACAAGGAUUUGAGAUGCAUUCGGACACAGAAGUUAUAGAAAUCUUGAUUCUCAAUCUGUUUUUGUUCAUUUAACAGAGAGUCCAUUGUUCGUCAUCGUUCCACGAGUUAUAUGUGCAAGUGUAAGUGUAUAACACAAAUGUAUCCAAAAGGUUUACAGUGAAAUCAUGUAUCUUGGUAUCAAUACUUUUAUUUUUACUUGGCUUCGCACUGUAUCAACAUU